AUGCAUAAAAUCGAAAUACGUAACAAAAUCGCAAUAUUUCUCGAUCAUAGAGAAUUAAUUAAUCACAUGUAUAACAACGUUAUAGGUGUACAAGAAGAAAAGUUCGAAUUACGCGCUGAACUAUUUUAUUUUCAUGAACGCCGGAGGGGUGUUGUGGAUGCCAAAAUAAUUCAGCAAUCAGAGAAUGAAGUUCAACAAUUGGCACUUGCAGAGAAAAAGUCGAAGAAACGAAAGGCAAAUAAAGUCACUGCAAUUGCAGAAUUACAAGAUUUGAUAGCUCUAGCAGACGAUCUUUUGCAGCUCCUGAAACAAGAUAAACUUCUCGAACGACUUGUAAGCCAUGAUGAAAGUACUUUACCAAGCUAUUGGGAGGAAAUAUCCACCGAAGAUUUCCCUCGUUUUAAUGGCGUCAAUGCCACUGCCUCGUAUCAACAUUAUCGCUUUGGAAAGUAUUCCUAUCUCAUACCACCGCAUUGUGAAUUCUUCAAUUCCGAUGUUAUAGAAUUGCCAAAAUUACUGCCACAACUGAUGUCCAACUCAAAAGGUUUUGACCUCAUUGUAUUAGAUCCACCAUGGCGCAACAAAUACAUACGUCGUAUAAAACGCGUCCGUCAAGAGCUGGGCUAUCGGAUGCUUAAUACCGAGCAGCUGCGUCAAAUGCCCAUUAAGCAGUUGGUACAUGAACGUAGUAUAGUUGCAAUUUGGUGUACCAACUCCAAAGAUCUUCAGCGCGCAAUUGUAGAGGAAUUGUUGCCGGCAUGGAAUUUGCGUUUAAAACACACCUUGUACUGGUUAAAAAUAAAUACCAGCGGCAACUUGAUCGGGCCAAUAGAUUUAGGGGGACAGAAAAAGCAACCAUUUGAGAUGCUUUACAUAGCGUGUCAUUUUGAAAGUCCGCAGGACUUCGGCGCCAGCCUGCAGAAAGUAACGGCAAUUGUAAGUGUGCCAAGUGUUAUCCACUCGCACAAGCCGCCGCUUCUGCCAUGGCUAAGUGAUGUGCUGCCUACAAAACCCAAAUGUUUGGAGAUAUUUGCCCGCUAUUUGAACCCACAAUUCACUUCCGUAGGGUUAGAGGUAUUUAAAUUGAUGGACGAACGCCUAUACAGCUCUUACGGUGUUAAUGCAACAUCAAAAUUAAGUAGUACUUCAGAUUUUGUUUAAGUAUUUUUCGUUUUAUUGUUAAAUGUUAAUGAGAAAGUGCAAAUUUUGUUUGUAGGUACUAGGCGGUGUAUUGAACCACGUAACUAGCGUUUACGUUGCUUCGGCAAAUAAAUUCAUGUCUAUUUUUUAAGAUUAUUUUACCUCGCACUCGUUUGUAAGUAUUCUAAUGAACAUAUUUAAGAAUCAAUAAAAAGGUAAAGAGACGCUUUACAAAAAAAUGCAUUACGUGAAGAAA